CCUGCACCCAGAGACUAGCUGAAGAGGACAAGGGCAGGAGGCACCAUGAGUGGGGGCCCUGCGGGAGGCAGACCUGGGGGCCGCGGAGCACUAGCAGUUCAGCAGAACAUACCUUCCACCCUCCUCCAGGACCAGGAGAACCAGCGACUCUUCGACAUGCUGGGAAGAAAAUGCUGGACACUGGCCACCGCAGUUGUUCAGCUGUACCUGGCGGUGCCCCCUGGAGCUGAGCGCUGGACCAAGGAGCAUUGUGGGGCUGUGUGCUUCGUGAAGGAUAACCCCCAGAAAUCCUACUUCAUCCGCCUUUAUAGCCCUCAGGCAGGCCGGCUGCUCUGGGAGCAGGAGCUGUACUCACAACUGGUUUACUCCACUCCUACCCCCUUCUUCCACACCUUUGCUGGAGAUGACUGCCAAGUGGGGCUGAACUUUGCAAACGAGGGCGAGGCCAAGGCCUUCCAGACCCUGGUGCAGGAGAAGAUACAAAAAAGGAAUCAGAGGCAAAGUGGAGACAGACGCCAUCUACCCCCACCACCAGCACCAGCCAAUGAAGAGAGAAGAGGAGGGCUCCCACCCCUGCCCCCGCCCCCAAGUGGAGACCAAGGGGGCCCAGCAGCUGGCCCACCAUCCCUGGGGCUAGUAACAGUGGACAUCCAGAACCCAGAUAUCACAAGUUCAAGAUACCGUGGGCUCCCCGCACCUGGGCCUAGCCCAGCUGAUAAGAAACGCUCUGGGAAGAAAAAGAUCAGAAAAGCUGAUAUUGGUGCACCUUGUGGAUUCAAACAUGUCAGCCAUGUAGGAUGGGACCCCCAGAAUGGAUUUGACGUGAACAACCUAGACCCAGAUCUGCGGAGCCUGUUUUCUAGAGCGGGAAUCAGUGAGGCCCAGCUCACUGAUGCUGAGACCUCCAAACUUAUCUAUGACUUCAUUGAGGAUCAGGGCGGGCUGGAAGCUGUGAGGAAUCAGAUGAGGCGCCAGGAACCGCUUCCACCGCCCCCACCGCCAUCUCGAGGAGGGAACCAGCCUCCCCGGCCCCCUUCUGUGGGGAGUAACAAGGGUCGUUCUGGUCCACUGCCCCCUGUACCUUUCGGAGGUGCACCACCCCCACCAACUCCCCGGGGACCCCCACUUCCAGGACGAGGGGGCCCUCCACCACCACCCCCUCCAGCCACAGGACGUUCUGGGCCACCACCCCCUCCACCCCCUGGAGUUGGGGGUUCACCCCUGCCACCACCACCACCACCGCCGCCGCCGCCGCCGCCACCACCACCACCCAGCUCUGGGGAUGGACCAGUUCCUCCCCCAGGCCCUCCUUCUCUGGGGCCUUUGGGGGGCCUGGCCCCUGCUGGAGGUCGGGGGGCUCUUUUGGAUCAAAUCCGACAGGGAAUUCAGCUGAACAAGACCCCUGGGGCCUCAGAGAGUUCAGCACUGCAGCCACCACCUCAGAGCUCCGAGGGGCUGGUGGGUGCCCUGAUGCAUGUAAUGCAGAAGAGAAGCAGAGUCAUUCAUUCCUCAGACGAAGGGGAGGACCAGGCUGGAGAUGACGAUGAGGAUGAUGAAUGGGACGAUUAAGUGGCCACCAUCCCCACCUGUUCUGCACCUGAUCCACAGGCAGCUGCUGCUUGCUGCCUUCCUUUCUCGGCUUCCAGGCCCCCAAGGCUCAUUUCUUCCCCACCAACCCCUCCAGUGCUGUUAUCUCUGACUGGCCCCCAGUUGCCUUAGCAAUGGCGCUUUUUAUACAAAAUUUCUCAGUUCUCAGUCAAGGAUUUUAAAACAAAAAUAAAAUAACCAUCUUUUUGUUUCUCUAAA